AUAUUAUAGCGUUGUUGUCGGCCCCGCGUAUGUCGCCACGCGCACACACGUACACACGCACACGCGCUGGCGAACUCUUCUCGGGCGGCGCCGCCGCCUUCGUAUCGGCGUUUAGCACAGAAUUCCACGGUAUUCGUGUGACCGUGCGCCGUCGUUACCGUUACCGGCGGCACUUGGAUCUUAUCAAAUUUUUCGCAAAAACACAAACAUGCCCUGCCGGGUCCAGAUAGUCCGUGAUCGCCGUUCGGUCUACGUAACUCUUAUAUAUUAAUUAUAUAGGCCUUAAUAGGUUUUUGAUUUUUCGUAAAGUUUUUUUUUUUUUAUUAUUACAUUACUUUCUCGACUGGUGACAAAAAAAAACGCCCAGCUCACGGCGUUGACGGUCAUUCUGCAAUCGCGUCUUAACUUAUCAAUAAAAUAAUGUUAUAGACUUGUUUAUUCAUACGCAUAUUCCGUAUUUUACUAUAACUUUCGUUUCCUACGUUCAAGCUUUAAAUUAUUUAUUUUUCAUUUAAAAUUAUCCCGAGCAGAGCUGUGGCCAUUAGGAGGAGAAUUCUCGUUUUAUUUACCUGUUAUUAUUAUUAAUUAUCAGAUACCUAUCUAUUGUUUAUCGGACACGUCGUAGGCUCAAUCACAAGUGGCUUUGAUGUGUGGUUUAGUUGCGGAGGUUCUGUCUCCUACUUCGGUACAUAGUUUACGAGUGGGUCCGUUCAUACAUUUCGUGUCGUUCAAUUAAUUUCGUAGGUGUUGUUCGGAUCUUACAAUUUAGUCCCGUGAUUUGUUAUUAGUGUUAUUACAAUGAACUCUACGGACGACGAAUAUUGGAAUGAAAAAAGUUUUGAAGGAUUUAGCUUUGCAGAUGAGGAAAAGGAAUUGAAUUUAACUAAGAAAACUCCACCAGAAUGUGAAAGUUUACAAAUUGGAUCUACAAAAACUAAAUUAGAAAAUGUCGAAUCAUUGGACAAAUUACUUUCAAAAGAAAUUUUAGAUAAAAUAUUUCUAAAGCGUGAUUCAAAGACACAUAAAAUAAAUUCAACUCAAAAAAAACUUAAUAUUGUUAAAUCCACAAUAGAAAAUAUUGUAAUGUCUUGUACAUAUACACUAGAACCAUAUCGCAGCUUAGAAGAAAAAACAAUGUUGUUAAAAGAAGCUUUGGAUACAGAAGAUGGGAAUGCAAUACUAACUGUUGUUAUAUUUUUAACAAACACUUUGAAGAAAGGUAUUUUCCAGCGUAUAUUACGUGAUAAUCCUAUUGCUGCUUCUCACUAUGUUCAAUAUUUAUAUUCCAAACAAUAUAUUGAUGAAUUAGUUGACACUUUAGAAAUGUUGGGACGUACAAAAGAUGCAAUGAUGAUGCUAUUCAAAUUCGGAUGUCGAAAUCCUCAAAACUGUUUGCAGAGAUUCAAUGUAUGUGUUAAUCUAGCAGAUGAUCAAUAUGAUAAACAAAUUAUAACACAACUUAUUCAUUUAGUUGGAAAAAGUGCACAAUUCAUGUCUGUUGUUUCACUAGUAUCUGACAAAUGUAAAGAGCAACAAAAUAUUCAAUCUUGUCGUGCAGUGGCUAAUGAAUUUAACCUGAGUACUAAACAGUUAGAAGCUACAUUGUUAAUGACAUUUUGCCAACUACAAAAUUGGAUUCUUGUGGAUGACAUGUUACUAAACAAAAAUUGGCUUGGAAAGGAUAAAUUGGCUUUAUCAUUACCUAUUGGUGAAACUGUUAAACUAUUGUACAAUAAUGGUGCUCCAUCAUCUUCAUUAACUCGUUAUAUAAAAAUGAUUAAAGAUUCAGAUGAACGUUUAGAAUUGGCAAAGAAAUUCAAUUGUCAUCAUAUAAUUAUUGAUGAUUUUGCAUCAAAAAAAGAUCGUAGAGGAUUAUUAGUAUACAAGACGACUUUACAAAAACAAUCUGAAAGCUAUUAUUAUGCCGAUGUAAUUUUAAAAAGUCCUAAUAUGAAGUGGAAAAAUUAACAACAUUAGUUGUAACUCGUUAGUCAUUACAAAUUUAAUAA